ACUAUUCCGCUCGAGUGCGAUGUGUACUCGUCUGGCGAAUAUCCGUCUAGUUCUCCCGUCUUCCUGUACUUCCACUCAGGUGGCCUCGUGAGCGGUUCCAGGGAAUGCGUUCCACCUUGGCUGGUACAGAUCUGCUUCAAGAAUCAAUGGGUCUUCGUUAGUGCGAGUUAUCGGAAGCUUCCCCAGGCCGAAGCUUCAGGUCUGCUCCAAGAUGCCACAGACGCUUACUGCUUUGCGAGAUGUUGGGGAGUUAUAGAUGAAUUUGCCUCAAAACGAAAUGUGAUCGUAGGCGGAUCAAGUUCGGGUUUCUUCAUGGCAUCCCUGACAGCCCAUCACCUCGAGCCAUCUCCCGUUGCGUUGUUAUCAAUCACCGGCAUCACUACCUUCCGUCAUCCAUUCUUCAGCUCUUCAGUCUUACUUCCACCAGAACCCAUACACGAAGCGCAAAUGAGCCAUCACCUGUCCACGCCGGUAUCCAUAGGAACAACAUCAGCGAAUAACCCACGGGUCUUUCACGUCGACAAGAUCCUUCAAGACGGCACCAAGAACACUGAGUUCGCACUGCCUCCGCUCCCUAUCUCAGAUGAUGGCAACUGCGACGAGUUCCCCCGAGGAUGUCUCUAUGACUACUACCUCUACCGAAACGAGUUUCUCAAUCUUGUUGGUGAAGUUGACCCAGGUUACGAGUGGGCUAAGGCCGAGGGGGCAAGCGUAGACUUGCAGCGUGGCCACACACGACCAUUAUACAGGGUGACGCUGAUGAAGAUGUUGGCCUCUGUGUGAGCACUCACAUGGUUCAUUGUCUCGGGGAAAGCAAGGUGAAGCUCUUCCUUGCCGAAGGACAGCCCCACCUUUACGAAGCGACGAGGUUCAUUGAAGACGAUGUGAAUGGAAUGCAUGCUGUUAGACAGGCAGUAUCGAGUCUGGAGGCCGACGUUGCUCGAUCACUUGCCUGAUCGAUACUGUCUCACUGAACCCAGGCGAGACGGAGCCAAGUACAAGCUAUUAGCGAGCUGUCAUUGUUC